AACGAAAAUUCAUCACAAAUUCACUUUCGUUUCGUUGUGCAUGUAUCGUUGUUUUUCGAAAGUGAUAAUUUUCCUAUAUUAUUCCUGUAAUUUGUGCAAAUUGACAUUCAUGCAGCUAAGAAAAUGUCGCUGGCAAAAUCCGAUUGCUUGAAAGAUACGGUGACAGUGUUAAUAAACGCUAUAGGAGACAGCGAUAACACAGUCAACAAUGUUGUAAUUAAAUCCCUGACGAAGAUAGCCAAUGUGCAUCCAAACGAAGUUAUUGAAAUAUUUUGCGAAUUGUACCGGAACACUGUAAAGUCGAACACAACGCAGCUGGGUAAUAUUGUGAAAGUCUUAGAGCAAACAUGUGUAAACCAAGUGAAGAAAUUAGAUCUGAAGAUAGCGACAGAACUAGUGAAUGCUAUGCUGAGAGCAAUGACAGAAAAUCCAUCUUAUGAACCAGUGGUGCAAAUGGGCGCCUCAGCAGUACUUGUGGCCAUAAGUCAUGAACAUUUGGAUCUGGUAUUGCGCUCACUUAUCAAUCAAAUGACUCCAGCGUCAUUGCCUCACUAUACUAUCGCACACACACUGGGCACGCUCUCUGCGGUCAACACACAUGCAGUGGUGCCACACAUCAAGGAGAUCCUGUGCAAAAUGCUACCAUUGCUACCACUUGUUAAACCAGAUGGAGUGAAACAAGCUUUUGCUUAUGCAUUUGGUCAUUUUGCUGUUGCAGUAUCUGAACAAAUAGGUGACAAUGUUGAAAAUGAAAACAUUACAUCAAUAAAGGAUAAUUUUGUAACAGAAUUUUCAAUAGUCUUUGAUGUACUUUACAACCAAUGGCUGCCCUCCCAUGAGCCUAAAGUAUCAGAAUCAGUACUUGAAGCAUUAGGCCCCAUUACCAGACUUAUACCAGAAAGGCAGUUUAAUGAGACAGUAAACAAAUUUGUACUAUCGUUACUAUCUUUGUAUCGCAAACCAGUAAUAAAUUUCUACUGUAUCAGUCAGUGCAUUUCCUACCUUUUGUCACCUUCGCCUCUAAAUCCAAAGCUUACUCUAAACGACAGUGUAAUUAAUGCUAUUAACAGUGUAAUGUUUAAUCUAGUUCUUCUAGAACCAGAUUAUGACCAGCCACAUACUGUUAAAAACCAUUUUGAGGUGUUACGUUGCUUUGACCAUAUGGCUGGACAAUUCCCAGAUCAAACUGUAGAGAAUUUGUUGCAUUACUGUAAAAACAAUCAAGAAAAAGAGAGAAUGAAAGCUGUGAUUAUCCUGACACAUUUAACGACAUCUUCUCAAACAUUUAUCGAAAAUUUUGCUCCUAAGUUUGUUACCAUAUUGAAAGUAAUGAUUGCAAUGGAGCAAGGUAUUAAAAUGAAGAAACUACUAGUUAAAGCUAUAGUCGGUCUUGUUUAUAGAAAUUGUCUCAUGGCUCCAGAAGAUUUUGCUAUGGUAGAGUUUAUAAUAAAACAUUGCAGUUACGAAGGACCACCAAAUGUAUCAAAAGGAGACAUCAUGGACCUGCACGAUACUUGUAAAAGUUCUCUUAUUUUAAUGUGUAACACGGUCACAAGUGUUCGUACGCAAUUACGGUAUCUAUUGCUAACUGCUCUGACUGUCGACGAGUUUACUAAUUCUAUGUCAACAGUUUGUCACUGUUUGACUUCCUUACUGCAAAACAAUUCUGAUGUUAUUGCUGAUGAACAGUCCGAUAAAUCAAAUGAUUUACAAUGUUCGCCAGAUUUAGUUUUCAUCCGAUGCUUGACGCACAUAGUCGAUCCUAACCAGACUGAUAUUAACAAAUAUUUGCUCAUAUUUUUGGAAGAAUUUUCCGGCGAUGUACAUAAAAAUUUGAAAAAUUCUUGGACCAUAGAAAUUCAGAGAUUAUUGAAGUUUCUCGGGAAGAAUGAGUCGAAAGAGCAAUGGCAUGGGAUGCUUUUAGAUCUCUUGGUUUCGGCUGUCGAACAGGUAAAUAGCAACAAAUGGGUGGAAACAAUAGCGACAUUGAUAUCUCAACAAGUUCUCACUAAAAAACAACCGCCCAUGAUAAAAGGAGUAUCUCUGCAGUAUUUAGCAAUCCUGUCAUGUCACAUGUCUAAUGCUGCAAUCAUUGAAUCUGUUCUCAAGAUAAUACUAUUUGCUCUCAAGUCUAUUCCUAUGGAAAGCGUCGAAUACGUUAGUAAAGCCGUAGGUAUUGCAUCAAGAGAACACGGCGAAUUUGUGCUCAACGAAAUAGACGCAACGUACAAAGAAAACGAGGGAAAACGGGGAAACAAGUUGCUAAACUUUUUAUCAUCCCGAUCUUCAAAAACAGAAGCUGAAUUAGUUGUUGUGAAAUACGCAGUUAUAACAUGUUACGGAAAAGUAGCAUGCGACUGUCUCGAUGUACACGUGCUCGCUAGAUUAGGUGAUAAUGUAACAUCGAUACUCUUCGAAAUACUAAAAUCAAACCCACCCUUUGACUUAUGCAAGGCUAGCGUCACAACUCUUUACGAAGUAGGAAGGGCAUUGUACCCUGCCCCGCAUCAUAACGUGGCUCUACGAAAUCGUUGGCAAUUAUUGAAUGCGGUUUUGGAACAAAUAUACAAUAAUAAUCUUGACAAGCGGAAUGUCGAACUGUAUCCUAUGAUAGUCAAAGCUUCAAAAGCUUUAACAAAACUACAAAAGGGUAUAUUGCCUGAAGAGAGGAAUACAAUAUUAAGAGUUUUAUUCAACAGCAUAUUCAGUGAAUUGUCUUCAUUUAAAAGGAAAUACGAAAUCGAGGGAAACGGGGAUAAAAAUGAUUUACUAGCGAAGACGUUAAAUGACUCCCUGAGUCUGUUGCACGAAUUAAUUAAAGAAUUGAUUAUCCAAUCACCAUGCUUGAGCACGAUAGACGAUAUAGUGACAUUAUUAAUUGAAUGGAUUCGUCACGACAAUGACGAAAUUCGAACUGCUGCAGUGUUGAUUCUGCAAGUAGUAUUUGACGCAUACAUAAAGAACGUCAAACUAAACUAUGAGACACCGAGCAAAUUCGGCCAGAUGGGGUAUUUGCUUGGACUCUUCAUCCCUGGUGUUGCCGAUACUAAUUUUCCUGUGCGCUUGACGACUAUCGAUUGCGUUAAAUUGAUAAUUCAAAUACAAGACUUGUAUGAAGGUCACACCAUAGAUCCCGAAGACGAAUGCAUGGCUAAUCUAUCUCAUUUGCAGAAUAACAUACUAACAAAUGAUUUGAACAUGAUAAGUGAUUACUGCACGAAGCUGUGUGAUACAAUUUCGCCGAAGAUACCACAUUUGCAUACAAUGCAGUUUAUCGAGAGUUUGCUACAAGGGUAUGACAACCAGGAGUUCAGAAGCGUUGGCAUAAGCUCGGUAUUGGAUGCGUUCAUAGUUAAAAAAGGGCAGGACCUGUUUCAGAGUAUAGAAAGGAUUGUGGAAAUACUGCUGCUGACGAUGGACGAAGUGAACGAUGAAGCUCGCAUCCGGCUCAUGAGACCUCUAACGUCACUGACAAGGCAUCACUCCAACGCUGUCACUGCAGUUUUGUUGGCACAAAGGAUACCUUUGAAACAAUGUGUGUUAGCCUGUUGGAGAUACCUAGCCCGCGACGAGAGUCUAUCUUCGGCCAUAGUGGAUAAUUUCCUGCGGCUAAUGACGUCCAUCGAGCUAUAUGAGGACCCGUAUCACAUUACUGACAACCACAUAGCGGCAUUGCAACCUUUAACUCUAAUCAGCGCACUUGGCGAAAUGUUGCAAGAGGAGGCGAUGCGUCCGAUAUGUCUGUCCAAGUUCGCGGACAUGUUCGCGGUGCUGUACACCACGGUGGCGUGCUACGUGGAGGCGGAGGCGCCGGCCUACGCCGUGCCGCCCAACAAGGGGCAGGAGCGCUUCGGCUUCAUUCCCAACCGGGACGCCAUCAAACUGUCACCCGCCAAGAUCACCAUCGGCACUUUCAACGCGUUCCUGGAGAGAGCUGAUUGUUAUAAGGUGAAAGAAGCGUGUUCACUAUGCCUGACCAUAGAGCACGGGGACUGUUCCUCGACUCUGCUGGAGUUGGCGCCAAUAUUGGGCGGCGCGUUGACUCGCUCGUGUCCAGGCCAAUUGGCCAAGCUUGUGACGCGCUUGGGCCAAUACGCGCGGUCCGCUCUACCGCCACAAAGAUGUGCGGCGCUUGCAUUGCUGGCUGACUUGUUGAACUACAGGUGCAACGACAACCCUGUUCUCAUAGAGUCCGUGCUGGCCACCCUCAACACGGGGUGGAAGGACGAGGACCCGCGGGUGCGGGCGGCGUGUCUGCGCGGCGCAGCCAACGUCGGCCAGCUGAAAGACCAGCACCGCACACAGGCCUUGCCAGCUGCGUUGGCCGCGCUCAGUCAAGGCGUUGACGCCCAAAAAACUGCAUCACCAAUAGACAACGUACCUCUAGCAGCGAUCCAAGGGUUAAGUCGGCUUCUCACAGAAACGGAUAAAUUAGACAAAGAGUACGACCGUGAACUCGUAUCAAUAUCGCAAAAGAUCCGUCCGUUCAUGAACACUGACUGCGCCCUUAUGAGGGAGAACUCGAUAAGGCUCUUCGGCAUAAUAGUUGGGAUGGUGAAGUCGGACGCGCUGGUGGAUCAAGCCGUUGGAUCACUGCCCUGCUUCCUGUUGCACUUGUGUGAUAAUAAUUCUGCUGUUGUGAGGGCCUCCAAAUAUACUCUUAGACGCGUAUUCAAAACGUUCAACGUGAAGAAGUCGAACGAUUUCGUCCAAACACACCUCGUGGACGAGGGCCGGCUGUAUCUGGACGAGUUCGUGUGGGCGCUGGCGCGGCAGCUGGCGGACGAGAUGCCGGCCAGCGUGGCCAAGUGUCUGCAGAGCGCUGUCAACUACCUGCACUGCGCCAGGGACGAGAUCAAACCACACGCCGCUCUAUUGUUGGGUGUUCUAUACUCAGAACUAUACCGUAUACGCGAAAAGUACCCCGAAGACACAGAACUAGACCCAGACAUAACCCGGAGCGCGCGCACUAGACUAUUGACACUGAUAAAGGAGCCCAGUGCCCAAGUGCGGCAGAACGCGGCCAUGGCUCUCGCUAACAUCUGUCUAGUGUGCGCUAUGGACGGAUGACCGGGACGAAACGUGAGGUUCAUAGCAAUGGACGACGGACGAUAUCUCCUCCGGAUAUCCAAGGAGGAUUUGGCUCGAAUAAACCGAUUGAGAAAACUUAAGAACUUUUAGAUUGAACGUAAAAGCUUAUACUUGCAUGACUUACACCUAUAGUAUUGGUUUUGUUUCUGAGCUAAUUAUUAAUAAACUAAAUUCCUCCAUACUAACCACAGAUAGCUAUAGUCAUACCAAAAAUAAAUAUGGCGUCCCCAAGCCAGUUUUACUAUAUUUCUGGUCAGGCUAUCUUUCGUCUAUAAAUAUCUAUGAAGUUUCGUGACCUUGACCUUAAACCAUUUUGUUCGCGAUAAGCGUGCUUUCGCUAUUUUGAUUUUUUUGUCAAUUUAGUGUAAACAUUGAAUCAAUUCGUAUAUACUAUACGUAUAUAGUCUUUUCAAUAAUGUGUAAAAAUUAAAAGUGUUUUUCGCAUUUUAAAAAUGGGCGUAAUUAUAUUUAUAUUGUCUACGAAUAUGUAAGAUGUUGAUUCGAUAUGAUAGCUUUUACUUAUAUUUAGAUGUGGACGUAAUUCUCAUUUAUCUAUGAUUAUUAUUAUUAUUAUUAUUAAAUAUGACAUGAAAUCGUUAAAUAAAAUUAUGAAUUUAGAUUUAAGUAUUCGAUUUUUAGCUUUGUAUGUAUUUAGAUAAGUUCUGUCGUAGUAUUUAAGGUGUUUAUUAAAUACAAAUCGUCUAUAUAAUUAAAAUAUAUAAAAUUCAUUUGUAAUUACUAUAUCUUUUGGCAUUUAGAAUAAAUAAGUUACCAAGUUGUUACAACAAUUUAUUGUAGUUUGUAGAAUGUUAAGGUGAGUCUACACUAUGCACACCAUACCAUUAACCAAACCAUUAACCAAAUUAUAGAUUGUAUAAUUUGUGUGUUAACUAUAGGACAGUAUAGGUGACAGAUGUCACUUUGACGUAACUUACAGUGGAAUUCAUAGACGUUGCAGGGCCACCCCUAGGGGACCAUUCACCCGCUGAGUGUCGAAUUCUCAAAUGCAUUCGACACUCAGCGGGUGAAUGACUUUCGCUGUCAGAUUUGACAAUGCUUAAAUCGAAAUGAAUUAAAUAAUAUUGUACUGUUUUGUAGUUGCCAACUGUUUUUUUUAUUGGAGAACUUGGUGUAUAGCCAAUUUACAUAUUUCGGAAAGUCUGUUUGACUUCAGAUGUAGAGUAAAAAGUGGACAGACAAGCGUUGGUGUGUAAUUGUAACUGUGUGUGUCUGCAGUUGUUAUAACGCUCACUUAAUUCAUACACACAAACACGAUUAGUCUCUUAUCUUUUACCUCCACAUUCAAAACUACACGGACUUCUCUGAAUAGAUUGACUUAUAGUAUAGUCUUAUAGUCACUAUACUAACUAUAGCAUCUGACAUAGUCUGAACUCACCUUUACAUUCGCGAUGUUGCCUUAUGUAACAAUUAAAUUAAUAUUUAACCAAAAUUAAUUAGAAAAUGCUAUAAAUCAUGUUACUAGAUGUAUACAUACAUGUAAUUGAAUUGAUUUAGUAAAAAAUAACAGAAAUGUAGUUAACAAAAUCUUGAAAAAAAAGCAAAAAAAUUGAGUAUUGCAUUUGAAUAUUUUAAUCUUUUUUGUGACUAAAAAUAAAACCAAAUUAUGAAUUAGAAGUUUUGAAGUAUGUUCUGAAUAUUAAGAAUAUUAAGUACUUAUGUAUGUUGCGGAUAAUUAUUUUGUAUAUUAUGAAGACUGCAAUGAGUGUAAAGAGAGAAAUGAGUUAAGAAUGUUGAUUAGUCUUAAGGAAUAAUUGUAUUUCAUCUGCGGAAUAAUGUUUAGGACAUUUUGUUUUCUAAGGGACCUAACGUUAAUUAAUCUUAUCUGCAGGGUUAUUAUGUGUUUCGGUGUACCAUUCAAAUAAUAAGUCACUACAUCGUAUUUCAUACAGUUGCCUGUAUGACGUACAUAAUACGUACUACUGUUAUCGUAAAUCGCGACAAAGUUUCAAGAGUGAAACGAACUGUCACUCGCACUACCCUACAUGAAACGAACUGUAAGGACUGGUUUCUCCACUUUCUGAUGUCAACUAGUCUAACUGUAAGUUUUGUAACUUUUAUACAUUACAGACAAAGACAAAACUAGUGAAUAAGAUUUAGCUAUUUAAAAUUUCUUUUUUAGUGGAAUUGUAUCCGAAACCGGCUGUGCUACUGUUAGCGGCAAUUGGUUAUCGUUAGGUCUCGACAUUAUACUUCGGUGCUUAAAAUGUAUCUCGUUAAUACAUGUUAUUAUAACGUUUUUGCUUAAAAUAUUUUAUGUUGUAUGUUAGUGUUUAAUUAAAAGACAUGUCCCAAAAUGCCUUUAUAAUUUAAUUAAUGUUGUCAGCUAAUGAAAAAAUAUACAUUUUAUUUAAUUAAUUUAAAAAAAUUCGGGUGCCAAAAAUUUUUUUAUUUUGGGUUAAUUUGGUCAACAUAAAAUAUAGGGCUUUAAGCCCUAUAUUUUAUGUUUUUUAAGAUAUAAUUAAUUUGUUCUGCUUAGUUGACACCCGGAAUAAAGGCCAGCCUCCAUACAAAAUUGGGACAUGUUCUUUCAUGCUAUGAUCUUAUCUAUGAUAUAAAAUUUGACAUUAAUAUUUUAUUUGUUUAUUAAAUAUUCUUAGGUCCAUUGCAUAUUUGACGCGGCGCAGCGUAGCGCAUUAUAUUAGUCGUGUUAAAGUAGACAGAAUGCGUGGGUUAUCUUUCUGGGGUUAAGGUAACUGGUAACACCAGUCAGUUGUCUGUUGAGUUCUUUGUCUACGCUCAAGAUCCUUUGCUACAUGAGACAGCCUUUACUUUAAUCGAAUACUUAGUCAACUGAUGUGAUAGUAUAUUGUUAUUAAAAUCUCUGCUUCAUAGAUAUUGUAAAAUAAUCUAUUAUUUCUAUCUAGCUAUUGUUUAAUUGAGAGUUAUAAAAUAAUCUGUUAAGAGAUACGUACGUAGAAUUAGGUAUAAUGUAGAUUUUUAUAUAAUUUCGGUGGAAAUAGCGGUGGAUAGGGAAAAUAGUAUGAGUAAUGCUGGCAACAAAUGAUGCUCUAAUAUUGUCGCAUAAAUAAGCAAAAUUUCUAAAAAUAUGAAAUUCCGGUCAAUAUAUUUAUAAUGGUUAACAAAACUUGGACUAAGUAGGUACUUUAGACUAUAAAAUAAAACCUUUUAAUAGAUUUAGUUUAGACAAUUUUUUUUAUAAUACCAGUGGCGAGGCAAAUCAAAAUUGCCUUACCUAUGUUAAUAACUUAGAAAUGGUUUACUUUCUCGUCUUUUCUGAUCUAUGUAGGUUUUUUAUGGCAAUAAUAUAAGUCAUACAAUACUUGAAAUGACGAAAUUCCAAUUGUAAUAUUAUUUCAGGUAUGAUUCGAUAGAAUUCGGUUUACUGGAAACUUUUUCUUUACGUUUGAUAUAUUGCUGGUCUAAAAUGCGCGCCACGAGAUAAUUGUCUAUGAUUGUUUUAUAUAUCGUCAUCUCUUUCGUUGCUACGGGACGAAAGAGAAAUAGUGAUAUGUAGGCAAAAUUAUCUCAAUAACUCUUGGCGCGCAUAUUAUGGGAACUACCAUUAUAGAUUAGUACAAUUUGUUGUACCUGCCGCAAAUUUCAAAAUAAUUAUCUACAUUUUUUUUUUGCUAUGAAAUGUAAUCGAAAAUUAAUAAAUUUAUACAAAUUAUGUAUUACAAUAGAUAUCAAAUUAUAGUAAGUACUUAUACAAAUAUCUCAUUGCUAAGUUUGUUAGUAAAACGUUAUUUGUUGCAAUAAAGUUAAUCAAAAGUUUCAA